CUCCCCCAAUCCCAAAUUUCAAACCCUAACCCUAAACGAAUUUCACAUGAAAUCCAUUAAGUUUGGAGUUAUCUUCUCCAUCCUCAAUCCUCCAGACAGUAUCUGAUGACUCCCAAUUUCUGUUAUCGAAAACGUUAGCAAUACUCAUCCUACACAGAAGUACACAGAAUACCGCUGAGAUUCCACCAUGGAGGGCUCUGUGGUGGAGGAUCUUGGAGCCCCGGAGUCGUGGGAAGUGGCCGAUUUGGAUGCCACUAUGAGUCGCUUGAUGCUCUCUUCGAAAAAGGAAUCUAAACUAGAGUUCGAUGAUGCUCCGUCUUCAGCUGCAGCUUCGUCUUCUGCUUCAGGUUCUUCUGUAUCGUAUGAGAAAGUUAUUUCAGAGGAUUUGAUCAAUCAGGUUGAUCAGUUUCUCCGCGAAGCUAUUCAGAAUCCCCGUGAACGCCUUUCCAUUCUAAGGAUGGAGCAAGAUGUUGAAAAGUUCAUCCAAGAUCCCACUCAGCAGCAAUUAGAGUUUCAACAGCUGCCUACUUCCUAUUUACGGUUGGCUGCACACCGUGUGGCACAGCAUUACUCAUUGCAGUCAAUGGUUUUAAUGGACAACAAUUUACUUGAUGGUUCCGGAUCUAGAAUCAUUGUCCGCAAGACACCUGAGUGUAGGCUUCCUCUAAUUCGCCUUGCAGACAUUCCUGUAAAUUUACCAACGGAAGACAGUGGUGUUGUUAAGGUGGCAAUUAAGCAGAGGCCACAGAAACGUUCACAGAUGGUCAGCAACUCAAAUUCUAAUUCGUUGAAGACAAACAGUGCCAAAACUGUGGAAGAAAGAAAAGAGGAGUAUAACAGAGCUCGAGCAAGGAUAUUUAACUCUAAUAGUUCUAGCAGUGGUGGUGGUGCAAAGCCAGAAAAUGAACAAAGAUUGCAGGAUGGUUCCUACCAUGGUUCCUCUGGGAUGUCAAAGAUGGAAGAGAAACCUGUUUCAGGAGUUUUGGAUGUAAAUCCUGGUAGAGGCUUGAUUGAUUCCUCCACAAGUAGCAGUAGGUCAGCUAGAAGUAGGCCAGAAAAGGAGCCAGUUGGUAGGAACAGACCAAAUAGCAGGGUGGCCAUCUUUCGUGACCGUGAAACUGAUCGCAAGGACCCUGAUUAUGACAGGAGUUAUGACAGGUAUAUGCAAAGAUUUGACCCCGGGUUUGGGUUCAACAGUGGACCAUACACAAUGCAACCUAUGUACUCUCCUGCGGUGAACUAUAACACUGAAUUUCCACAACUUGGAUCUACUCAUAGGCCUCAAUUGUCUACUGAACAUCAGCCUCAUCCGCUCCCUCAGCAUAUACCUGGACCUUGGGCUGCACCAUCAACUGCCACUGCAAUUGGUUAUGGUCAUCCAGAAACAAUGAUGCCACCUUUUAAUCCAAAUCAUGUUGGUGUACGCUCUACAUCGGCCAUAUACUUGCACUCGACACAGUAUCCUUGUCAGCGUCCUGGAAUGCCUUUUAUCCACCCUGCAGAGCAACUUCACCAACCAUUCUCACAGUCUCAACAACAGCAACCCGAUGCAAGUUUUGGAUUAGCCCGGCCCCGGUGAGGGGCCAGGGCCAUGCCUGCACCCUGCCUGCUGGAAAAUCAUUUUGAGAUAUCAUCAGCUCAUGCGCUCAAGUUUGAUGUCUAAACUGGCAGGAGUGCAGGCAUGUAGAACCGAGGUGGACUGGAGUAUCAUCCUCUAUUUUUGAGUACCUUCAUUGAUCCAUUCCACCAGUAUCGGUUCCUCUUUGGAGCUUCUUCUAUCUUGCGGAUGAGAGAUAAAGACGCUCUUUGCUUGGCUGAUCGAUUGCCACCGAUGAUGAUGAACAAAAGUAGGAUCUGAACAUCAGAACUAAGGCUGUAAACAUUCUUCUAUGGUGAAGUGUUGAGGAGCCAAAGGGAGUAAUGCUUGAUGGAUAUUUUUAUGAAAAACUGGGCAAAUUGAAUAUGCUUGUUGGAGCUUUGGGGUUGCAGCUUGCAGCCAUCUCCUUCCUUUGGUAAAGCUUUGAUCAUGAUUAAUGGCUAUGCUUCACUAGAAAACUUGGUCGUCGAGAUAACAAUGUACCAAAUGCAUAUAUGAUUUAGUAUAAUAUUGAACUUCUUGAUUGCUAUCGGGUUCAUAUAAAUGGUUAACCAACCA